GUUGAUGGUUGUUUCGCGACGCUCCGCAUCAAGGCCGUCAACCUUUUGACAGAUACAUCGCUCGUGUUUUGUUUAUUGUCGCAAUCUGCCGUGACGUGCGACGACUUGAUUGUUGCGAUUCGAUCGCGAAGGCCCCGCGUCGCGUAGCCCCUUUUGUUGUAAGUGUGACUUGGUGACCGAACGAAUAUUGGAAAAUGGUGCUUUCGGUGAUCGGUGCACGUGAUUUCGGACAUACAGGUGUUCAUGUGGAAUGAGGUUACUGCCUACAGAUUUGUUUACCUAAGGUAAAUAUAACGGAUUGGAUGGAUAUCAUGACUUCGAGGCCAGAACAAAAUAAGGACCUAAAAGCCGAGCUUGUUCAGCGGCAGCCAGAGCAGUUGUUCAAGGGUCCCCGAUUAGUGGAGAAAAGAACUAAGUGUUUUAAUUUGAAUUUUACGAGGACUGGUUAG